AACCGUUUGGCUCUUUCUCUGCUAACAGCCUUACAAUGUUCCUCAAUUUCUCUUUAUUGUCUAUUUUUUAGGUGUUAUUAAAGGAUAUCAUUAUUUGAAUAAAACGAGACGCUUGUCUGGGAAUUUAACUACCGAAACUUCGCCUUGAUCUGGGGCUAUAACGCGUUAUUGUCACCAUAUUUUUAAAAAAGACUUGAGGAGGAAAUUCCACACAAGCGGCAAAGCAGAGAAGGCAACCUCUUGUGUGAUCUGGAUUUUAAAACUGGACAAGGGUACUCUCGUACCGCGAGGUUGUUGGUCAACAUCUGAACUAAACUUGAUCACAUGGUGCUCAGACUCUGGGGCAGAACUCCUGUAAAACCUUUGUGUUGUGGAAACCUCAGAGUUAAUACUGUGGCUUGUGUCCUCCGUGGUGACCUCAUGGUGUAACCAGGAGUAAAGAUGAGCAUAAGCAGUGAUGAGGUCAACUUCUUGGUGUACAGAUACUUGCAGGAGUCUGGAUUCUCCCAUUCCGCCUUCACGUUCGGCAUAGAGAGCCACAUCAGCCAGUCCAACAUCAACGGCGCCCUAGUGCCCCCUGCUGCUCUCAUCUCCAUCAUCCAGAAGGGCCUGCAGUAUGUGGAGGCAGAAGUCAGCAUCAACGAGGACGGCACGCUGUUCGACGGGCGGCCGAUCGAGUCGCUGUCGCUGAUUGACGCGGUGAUGCCCGACGUGGUGCAGACGCGGCAGCAGGCCUACCGGGACAAGCUGGCCCAGCAGCAGGCCGCCGCCGUGGCGCCCAGCGCCGCCCCCAACGUACAGGGCAGCGCCAAGAACGGAGAGAACACCGCCAACGGAGAGGAGAAUGGAGCACAUGCCUUAGCAAACAACCAUGCAGACAUGAUGGAGGUAGACGGGGACGUGGAGAUCCCCCAGAACAAAGCCAUGGUGCUGCGCGGCCACGAGUCCGAGGUGUUCAUCUGCGCCUGGAACCCAGUCAGCGACCUCCUCGCUUCCGGGUCCGGGGACUCCACAGCGCGCAUCUGGAACCUCAGCGAAAACAGCACCAGCAGCUCCACGCAGCUUGUGCUCCGGCACUGCAUACGAGAGGGCGGCCAGGAUGUGCCGAGCAACAAAGACGUCACGUCUUUAGACUGGAACAGUGAAGGUACAUUACUAGCAACAGGCUCUUAUGACGGAUUCGCAAGAAUAUGGACUAAAGAUGGUAAUCUUGCCAGUACCUUGGGUCAACACAAAGGUCCUAUUUUUGCUUUGAAGUGGAAUAAAAAAGGAAAUUUCAUUCUCAGCGCUGGAGUUGAUAAGACUACAAUCAUUUGGGAUGCGCAUACAGGAGAGGCCAAACAGCAGUUUCCUUUCCAUUCAGCUCCUGCGCUGGAUGUGGACUGGCAGAGCAACAACACCUUCGCCUCCUGCAGCACGGACAUGUGCAUCCACGUGUGCAAGCUGGGCCAGGACAGGCCCGUCAAGACAUUCCAGGGGCACACGAACGAAGUGAACGCAAUCAAGUGGGAUCCGACCGGCAACCUACUAGCGUCCUGUUCCGACGACAUGACUCUAAAGAUCUGGAGUAUGAAACAGGACACCUGCGUUCAUGAUUUGCAAGCGCACAGCAAAGAAAUCUACACUAUCAAGUGGAGCCCGACCGGGCCAGGAACCAACAACCCCAACGCCAAUCUAAUGCUUGCCAGCGCGUCGUUUGACUCUACCGUGCGGUUAUGGGAUGUGGACCGAGGCAUCUGCAUCCACACACUGACCAAACACCAGGAACCUGUGUACAGCGUGGCCUUCAGCCCAGACGGGAGGUACCUGUCCAGCGGCUCCUUCGACAAAUGUGUCCACAUCUGGAACACACAGACGGGUGCUUUAGUCCAUAGCUACAGGGGAACAGGAGGCAUAUUUGAAGUUUGCUGGAAUGCAGCAGGUGACAAAGUUGGAGCAAGUGCAUCAGAUGGAUCUGUCUGCGUGUUAGAUCUGCGGAAAUAACGCUGCUAGUUGGAAGCCAUGGACCGACUAUGAAUGUGUACAUAGCCAAAAUGACUGUCCCUGCCCCGCGUACUGCUACAGUCCCUUUGCGAAACCAUGGCCAGCCACUACAGCCAAACCGAGCGCCCUGACACAGCGGACCUGAGGGAGGGCAGGCCAGGGGCCCUGUCGGAUUCCACACAGAGGAUUCCUCCCGGAGACACACGCGAAAAAGGCACUCUCGUAUACUAAUCCGAAAAUGAAACAAGGACCCGUAAAUGUACCAAAAUUUAAGAGAUUUUUUUUUUUCCUGUUCUUCAGAACCAGAAUCAACAUUUUAAAAAAAAGAAGAUUUUUAUGUUUGUUUGGUAGCUCAGUUUUGUGUGUGCAGACAUAUCGGCUUUCUUAAUCCUGCGGCACUUUCUUUCUUUCUUUUCCCCUUUUUUUAAAAUCUUUAACAGUUUUUUUUUAGGUUACAGCUGCAUGAGUGGAGGAGCCAAUCAGCUUCAUCCUUUUAUCCUUCAUCUUUUAUACCUGCACAGAAAACCGUUCUGAAAGAGAAUCUGUCGUCUUUGGUACUGUACGUUAUGUGGUUAGAAAACAUUGUUGGGGUGGGGGGGACUGGUAUUUUUUUUUUAAUUUCAGUUUCACUCUUCCUCAUUCUUCAGUUGUAGGUUUGAUGCUUUUACUGGUGAUUGAAAUGCGCUAGUUUUGUUUUGCUUGUGUUUUUUUUUUUUUUUUAAAUCAGAUGUUGAUUCUGCCGAAUCUUAAGGAUUAUGAUAAUAAGAUGGGCACAAAAAUAAGAAACGAUGCAUCAUGCAUCAUUUUGCUUUAAAACCAUAGUUAUGGUUGGAUUGUGCACUAUUGAUAGAGCAACAUAAUACAACGAUGUUGAUUCAUAGAACUAUCUGGACAAAAGUUUACUGCUGUAGCUGUUACAAGAAAGCACCGUUCUCUAGUAAACUGCAGAUGGACUUUUUAGUCAAUGAGUAACUAGGCUCCAGUAUUAAAGACUGAUCCUCUUUUUAGCUUGUAAAGAAAUACCCACAGAACAGAGUCAAGUCAAUGUAAUUCUGCUAUCAAGCAGACUGGGGCCCCUCCUCAAUAAAUCACUCAUAAAAAGGGAAGACUUGCUUUAAGUUUCUUUUUUUAUCAUUAACUGACAAUUGGUAUGCAUUUCACUAGUGCUUUUUUCCUGGAUCAAGAAUUAUGUAACACAGUUCAUGUCCUCUGAGGUUUUGGUAUUGAAGGGUUUUAGCUAAAGUUGUGCAAAUGAGUGCUAAAAGAUAAUCAGGGUUGUAGGUUUAACUCCAAUCUCUUGCUUAGUUGCUUUGAUCUGCUUGAGCAUUUCUUGACUGCCCUAAUUUAGUUUUGCCUUGGCUGGCACAGUGAGUUCUCUCUCUCUCUUUUUCCAUUUGGUCAUUAAAACCUGGCUUCUUGCAAUCUCACACAUUUUUCAUAUUUAAACCAUCAAGAAGGCUGUCAGUUGCCAGGUCUUGCUGUUCAUGGAAUAAAAACUGAAGCUUAAAGCAAGUCUGGGUGUUGGGCAGGGAAAGGUAAAAGUAACUGGUAAAUAUGACAAGGAGUAACAUUGUAACUAUAUAUGUCUGUGUUAACACAGGGAAUUAUUUUAUAUACUACUCAGAUGCAAGGGUAGUUGUCAAUCCAUAUUAGCUUUUAAAACGCACUUGACAGUGUGUGGUAUAAAUAUGCAUCAUAUGGACAAAGUUUAUAUCAAUGCAAUAGCAUACCGUCAUACCAUCAUACUCGCUUUAUAAAAUACCAUUAGACAGUCAUAGCAAAAGCUCCUCCAUAUUAUGCCUGAAAUUCAGUAGUUCCUCUGCAGUGAUGUUAACGCCCAUAUUUGGCAGUGAAGGAGAGUAGUGAUUUAGCAUUUGGCUCACUGUGUAUGGCAGUGGAGCGGAGCAGGGCCAGCAUCAUGGCGUUUCAAGUACUGUGGCUCAGUGUAACCACUACACAGUGGCUAUAGAAACCACAUUUUUAAAGCCUUAUGCUUUUUUUUUCUUUGUUUAGAAUAUCACUUGAUUUACAAUUUUUAAUGGGUAUCACUUGAUUUACAGUUUUAAAUUUUAUACAGAGUAUAGUAUUUUGAGUUUGUGUUUUAACAAUCUACUUUAAGUAGAUCUAAACCACCUGAAAGCUAUUUAUUGUACAGUCUAUGACAGUGGAAUGGUAUUUUAUAAUGUUUUUUUCUUUUUUUUGUUUUGAAAGAAACAUGCUUUUUACACUGCAGUUAAGUGUCCGUUUCCUUCUUCUCCCUACUUGGAUUCCUGACCUUACCUUGAUACCCUGUAAGGCCCGCGGACGCUUUUGUACUCUUUGAAAAUUUUUAUAAAUUCUGAUUUAUUUGUAGCUGUUAAAAUUAAGAGGAACAAAAUUAAUAAAAAAUGGAUGUAACAUAACAUUGUGGACCAUGUAAAUACCACAGUUUAAAGAUUUGGGUUUAAUGUUGUUUCGUCAUUGCCCACACCCACCCCUUUAUUUUCUCCAACUAAAUCACAUUUUUGUUGCAGAUGCCCUUUGCAUUGUAUUGAUCUGACUGUUGUAAUUUGAUUCAGAUCUGAAAAAGAAG